CAGUAUAUUGGGUGAAAAAUACCUCAUUCUGUUUCACGCAAAAUUAAUUUCUAUGCAUUAGUUGAAAAUAUGAGGAGAGUAAACCAGAGGAGAGAUCCUAACUGUAUUGAAAGGGAUUGACAGGAACAAACGACAAUCAGUCGUCUAAAUAUAUACAGAACACAAGCAAAUUCGCUUCAGAUACAUCAAUUUCUACGUAUAUGGUGGGAAUCUUAACCAAUAUCAUAUUAUUUAGCUUCAGUCAUUUUUAAAGCAGUGCUCAACAGGCUACGUUAUAGGGUGCGUUUGAGAGCAAGCACUCAGUGUUGAGGCACACCCUCCUUAAUUAAAGUCCAUCGAAACUCAGGAAAUGACGAAGUCUCACUCCCCAACCUUUUUUUCGGACGAUCCACACUAUUCACAAAGGUCGUCGUCGCACGCCUCCCUACAGUAUGCCAAUGGUUUCGUAUGAGUGGAAAAUCGCAGUGACGUUCGCCAGAAACGCAAUGAAAACGAAGCGCUUUGAGGACCAUAAGGAUGACGUAAACUACGUUAAGGACGCAGGUAGAAAUCGUGAUCCAAACGACACAUGCGUAAUUGUCGAUGUGAAUACCAACGACGCCCGUUUUUUCUGGGGAAAAAACGGAAGGAAGGCAUUGCACAUAGCAGUCAAUUUCUUGAGACCUGCUGCGUGCCGUGGUACCCGAAGUGUUUGACUUGAUUUUCCCGAGGCGGAGGGAAAAGUCACACCCAGGCUUGAAAUUACACGUAGUCUGAUUUUGCGUCCGUUUUACAGGCUACUUAGGUUAUCAUCGGGAGCAUGGAGUGCCUGUCACUGAGAAAUCACCGAAUGUGGUAUAAGACGACAAGUACGGCGUAAAAAUAUCGAGUUUAUGGACAGUGUCAGUGGGACGGACGGACGGACAUUGAAGCAGUUUGAAAAAUCUCAGUUAGUGACGGUCGCGCCGGACCACCCACACCAUGUCACAACUGAUCAGUCCCAGCGAGUCGGACUGACCCGGAUCUCUUGUUAAGCUGUUUUGGGUGGGCAGAUAGUAGAUUCAAGGAUAGUUUUGGUGUCUUGCGGUUUUAUCCCGUGGAAACGCCGUUUUCUCGCGGGUAGACCCAGGCGAUUGCCCAGCGCCGCGACAUCUCGGCGGCGGAACCUUUGCUUGGAUCGGUUCUGCUGCUGGACCAUCCGUGAGGAUCCGCAGAGGAUGGGAGUGAGAGAGCGAGCAGAAUCGAAGAAGAGGGUCUCGGGACGACGCCGUCAAAAUACAGGGCAGUGAUGCCGGGCAUGGUGAUGUUUCGGCGGCGGUGGUCAGUUGGCAGUGAUGACCUGGUGCUGCCUGCUCUCUUCCUCUUCAUACUACACUGCAUAUGGCUGGUGGUUCUGUCUGUGGUUCUGUUCGGCCUGCCAUACGGGUUGGGCCAGUCCUGCUCCGUCACUCUAGUAGACCAUGGCCGCGGCUACCUGGGCAUCCUGGUCAGCUGUCUGAUCUGUGAGAGCGCCAUCAUGUGGUUGAGCAUGCGUGGUAGCAUCCUCUACACCCAGCCCAGAGAGGCCGUGCAGUAUGUACUGUAUAUACGACUAGCCAUCCUGCUGGUUGAGCUGGUCUAUGCUGUGGUGGGCAUCGCCUGGCUGGUUCAAUAUUACCAACCCUGCUCUGAUGUCACUGCCAAGAACCUCGCCCUGGGAAUUGUGGUCUGUAACUGGUUGGUGAUCUUCAGCGUGUUUUUUACCAUGAUGUGUACAUUUGAUCCCACUGGCCGAACGUUCGUCAAGCUUAAAGCCACCCGACGUCGCCAACGCAAUCUGAAAACCUAUACGCUCAGGCACAGGCUAGAGGAGGGUCAAGCCAGCAGUUGGAGUAGGAGACUGAGGUUCUUCAUGUGCUGCACCAGGGCUCAAGAUUCCCAGUCUGACGCGUAUUCAGAGGUGGCUAGCCUCUUCGCCGAGUUCUUCAGGGAUCUGGACAUUGUGCCCAGUGACAUCAUCGCCGGCCUUGUGCUCCUCAGACAGAGACAGAGAGCCAAGCGAUCCGCCAUCUUGGACCAGCCAAACAACAACAUUUUAGCCUUCCUGUCCGGUAUGCCUGUAACACGCAGUACACGUUACUUGGACCUUAAAAGCUCGGUGGAGAUGGCCAUGUAUAAGGAGGUGUGCUAUUACAUGCUCUUCGCCAUGGCUGCAUAUGGCUGGCCCAUGUACCUCCUGCGGAAGCCUGCCUGUGGUCUGUGCAGGCUACUCAGUUCCUGCUCUUGUCCGUCUGCGUCCGGUUCUCGUCUGUCUCACUCAGUAACGGUGGAGGAGGACAACUGCUGCGGCUGCAACGUUCUGGCCAUCCGUCGCCAGUUUUUAGACCGAGACCUCAGACAGGUCCAGAUUGUCUACACAUCUUGCCAUGAUGCGGUAUAUGAGACACCUUUCUAUGUAGCAGUAGACCACGGGAAAAAGAAAGUCGUCAUCAGUAUCAGGGGGACACUGUCGCCCAAAGAUGCACUCACUGAUCUCACAGGGGAUUCAGAACGUUUGCCUGUGGAGGAACAGCAUGGGAUCUGGCUUGGACAUAAGGGAAUGGUUUACUCGGCUGAAUACAUAAAGAAGAAACUGGAACAAGAGAUGAUUCUAUCUCAGGCCUUCGGGAGAGAUCUGAGCAAAGGAACCAUGCAUUACGGGCUGGUGAUCGUGGGCCACUCCCUGGGUGCCGGCACUGCUGCCAUUCUCUCUUUCCUGCUUCGCCCCCAGUAUCCCACACUGCACUGCUACUCCUACUCUCCGCCUGGAGGUCUUCUCAGUGAAGAUGCGAUGGAGUACUCGAAACAGUUCGUCACAUCCGUGGUGUUGGGGAAAGACCUCGUCCCUAGGAUCGGCCUUUCUCAGCUCGAGGGGUUUCGUCGCCACCUACUUGAAGUCCUACAGAAGAGUGAUAAACCGAAGUGGAGGAUUAUAAUAGGGGGCACUAAGUGUAUCCCUAAGACAGAGCUGCCUCUGGAGGACGAGGCCCCAUCUCAGGGUGUGACGCCCUCUAGCUCCCGCCUGUGUCUACACCCCAGUGACCUGAGCAUCGCCCUGUCUGCUUCCACUCCGCUCUACCUGCCCGGCCGGAUCAUCCACGUGGUUCACAACCACCCGCCAGAGACCUGCUGUGGUCAGGAAGAGCCCACAUAUUCAGCUUUGUGGGGGGACAACAAGGCCUUUGAUGAGGUCAUCAUCUCGCCAGCCAUGCUGAAUGAACACAUGCCACAUGUGGUGUUGGAGGGCCUCAACAAGGUUUUGGAAAACUACAAUAAGGGGAAGACAGCCCUUCUGUCGGCUGCCAAGAUCAUGGUUAGCCCCACGGAAGUUGACCUGAACGCAGAGACUGUCUUUCUCGCGGCCUCCAAUUCCCAGCAGCCCACACCCCCAGCUCACCACCGCAGGAACAGUAGCGUCCGCUCCUGCGCACGCUCUGAAAUCUCUCUGGAUGGUUUCUCGGAGUGCCCCCCUCCUCCUGUGCCCGUGGUGUUGACUGGAGCCCGCGAGCGGUUGACAGUGGAGCUGCAGGAGCGCAAGGCGCCGCUGGCGGUGAUGGAGAGCCUGUCCGAUGUGGACUCCAUCUACAGCCUCGACUCCCGCCGCUCCUCGGCCGCUCUGAGGGGCUCUCCAUGCCUGGGGUCACUGCCAUUUCCCUUGGACGCACCCAUUCCUGAGGAGAACCCGUCGCUCAGCUCCCGGACCGAGCUGCUGGCCGCAGAUGGCCUGCUCCAGGUGUCCCCCGAGCGGGAGCUGGGCCAAGCCGGGCCCUGCUGCCCCACACCGCCAGAACUCCUCCUGCCUUCUAACGGGGGCCAUCGCCUCCUGCCUGCCAACCCGCGCUACAGCGGACACUUCCCUCCGCUUCUCCUCGGGCAGACCGUCAUAGGUCAUCCAGGCCGGCAGAGGGUAACCUCGCGGCCCUCUUCGGUGGUGUUUGAGGCGUAUAAGCGUUCAGGUGUCCCUGUCGGCCGGGAAACGAACCCCGCGGCACCCUGGACCGGUCCUGGUGGGGAGGGUCAUGAAGAGAUCACAAGAGAUGGAGAAGUGGAGAAAAUGACAGGGAGCCUGGCAGAGGUCAGGGUGGAGCCGAAGAGUGAGAUUUCGCACGCUGUAACUAUGGUGACCCCACUCUCCAACGGGAACCCCAGCCAGGCUGUGCUGGAGUUUGCCCAGUACCUCGACUCUCUCUUCAGGCUAGAUGAGAGUAGCUCUCCUCCUCUGGAGCUCUCUGACGCGGAGUCCGAGUCUGGCCGGGGCUCUUGCGGCCAGGUGGAGGGGCAGUGUGACAAACAGCAUGGGGAGGACUCAGACAGGGACAAGCAGCUACUAGCCAGGGCAACCUUGGAGCCCAAUCUCGUCCCUAAGCCCCCUCGUACCUUUGCUGGUUCUGCUGACCCCUCGUCUGGCAUCUCUCUCUCUCCGUCCUUCCCUUUGUCCUCAUCGGGAGAGAUGAAUGAACUCUCACCCCCGGACGGGCCAGUGACGGUCAACCACUCCACACUACGAACUUCCACUGCCUGUCCUUUCCCUGAGGAAAACACACUGUCAUCCAUGGUGUAGUGCCCCACUAUCUGACCCACACACUUCUUGUUCCUUCCCUUGUUGGUGUUAUUACCCCCUGUUUGAACAAAAACAAACAAAAAAAAGUGUGAAAUUUUCUUGCUUUCUUGGACAAACUCCUCGAAACAUGCAUGCGUAGCAAUGCGACUUCCAGACAGAGACCAUUAAAAUCACAGAAUAGAAGACCUCAUUUUGUACUAUAAAUGAACAAUAUUGCACUGAAUGCAGUCUGUCUCAUGCAUAUCUGUUACAAAGUGUCCUGUUUGCUGCCUGCAACAUGAGGGCGUGAGGGUGUUUGGUUGCUCCUACGAAAAAGACAUAAGCUACUGCUGCCAUAUCUGAAGAAGCUUUGCACAGAUGACCCAGAAUGCCCACUAAGUCUCAUGUUUAUGUUUACAUUAAUGCCACUGAACAAUAAGUGUGCAAGGUUAACAUAUUUGCAGGGAAUUUCACUUGCAGGGAAUGUAAUAGGAUGGCCAACAAGGAACAGCUAGCUUGGUGGAGAGGAGUCGAUGGGUAAGAGGCAUGCUUGAUGCCUACAGAGUUAGAGUUCCUAGACAAGGUGACAUUUCCUCAGGUCUUUAAAGAAUGGAGAUGAAGAAAGGACCCCCUAACAGUUUCUGAUGUCAAAACCCAGAUUUGGUCAUUCUGCUUUUCAGAUUUUGGAUUGAAGGUUGUGUGAAAUGUUGGACCAAGCAUACAAAUAGUGCAGCACCCAAGACUGUGGUACAGAUCGUGGUAUGGUGUGCAUGAGAAAAUAAAAUAAGGAAUGCUUAUUUAGAACAGUUCAUUUUGAAAUUUGCUUAAUAUCAUUGAUCUUUAUUCAUGCACACAUUCAGUAACGAUAAUGUGCUUUUACUUCCUUUCUUUUUUGCCAAACAUAAACCCUGCCAAAUAUGUGUAGGAAAUGUUACCUGAAAUGGCUUUGAAAAUUUAUGUAUGAAAUUUUUUUCCACUUUGUCACAUAAAUUUGAUGUACUGUCACGUGCAAAUCCACCAUGUAACAGUGAAUUGAACUGGAUGGCAAAAAGCAUGCGCCAAAUGCAGUCACAGUUUUGAAUGUCCAUGCUAAUCAUGUCGUCUUUAGGCAUUAGACAAUAUUUUAUUUUUUAUUUUUUUAAAUUCUCAUCUCAUUACACAAGGGCAUAGACUGGAGAAACCAGGCAAACGUGCCCUAUCGUUUGACACUAUACUAGAUCCAGUAGCAAACCUUUUUUAAGGGUCUCUCUCAUCUGCAUUUUUAUCAUUUCUACUGUUGUUGUUAUGAAUAUAUUUCAAUAAUUGGUGGUUUAUCAUUAUGAUAAAUAUUUUAAUAACUGUUACAGUUUAACUUGCCUUUUAUAUUAUCUCUGAAUGAAGUGGUCUUGAGUUGAGAUAUUUUGGCCUUUUUAAUAGCAGGAGUACACCUUGUGUCUGUGUGGGGGAAAUGUACAGCAGUGGGGCAGGUAUGAGUUAAAACACUACAGAUCAAACAGUAUAUUACAUGUGCCAUACACUGAAUGGUAUGUUUUUAGCACUGUAUGCAGAAAGGGAAAUUGUACAGAGUUUUUACAUUACAGUCCUACAAUAUGGUGUUAGAACCUACCACAUACACAGGCUAUUCCUUGCCACUUUUUGAUAUGAAUAUAUUACAUAGCAAUGUGUUAUGGUUAUAUAUGAUCGGUUAUAUACUGAUAUAUGAAACACAAUGGUUCCCAUUUUCACAGGUUUUAGAAUAUGUAUAGUAUAAGAUGAUUCUUCACUGUUACAUUAUUUUUUAAUCUUCCACUAGUUUGAGAAUGCUAACUGGAAGAGUGCAGAAAUAGUUCACUGCUGUACUUUUUCAAAAUGGUUGUGUAUAGCAUUAUCUUUCAUGUGAUUAUUUUAUGCAAGUAAAACCCAUCUUUUUUUCAGUCUUUAAAAAAAAAAUCCAAUUAAAUAUUAUCAAGAAAAAUGGCUGUAUCAUGUAUCAUAGUGAUUUAUCUGAAAUAUAUAACAAUACUGAAAUCUAUCUAUCUAUCUA